CGGCCUCGCGCGUGGCUUUUGUCGCCAGAUGAUCAAGGAUGCUCCUCGAUGGUUCCCACCGGGGAGAAAAUGCACACGUCCGAGCGAUGCCAAGUAUUAAAGUCGGCCCGUGUGUCAUGAGGAUGCGCGGCGCGAUAGGGACGCAAAAAGGGCCUCGGACGCCCACUUCGAAGCUUUACCGAGCGGAGCGCGGCUGUAACGAGAACAUCCACGCCCGAACAUGAGCACAAGCAGCACAGAAGCCUCCAAAAGUGUUUCUUCCUCGGCUACAAGCCGCGCUCAGAAGCAGGUCAGAAGCCUGGCCACAACUGAGUCGGCGACCACCGCGCGUGACGGCCGCUUGGGAGCAGGGGCACAAGCGGCCCAAGCAGGCCUGCCACGUGUGCCAGGCACUGUCACGAGACGGCCGAAACGUGCACCGAAGCAGGCGCUGCAGGUAGGCAUCGGCGGUGCUAACGGCCACCGCGGGGGCCGCGGGCAGCGCGGCGCGCGCGCGCGCUCACCGCCGAAGGCAGGGCUCGCACCCCGGCUGGCACGGGCGUGAUGCAGAGCCUGUGGACAGACAAGACGUAGAAGGAGGAGGAGGAGGAGGAGGAGGAAGAGGAGGAGGAGAGCCCCCGAUGAAGACACAUGCGCACUCCUCGCUCAUUGGGGCGGCCCACGAGUGCGCCUCGGCGCCGGUUGACACGCGUCGCUUUGAACGGUGUAUCGAGGGGGAAAAAAAAAAAAAAGCGAAGCGACGAGGCGUCGCACGCUGCCACGUCUCGUCUUGCCAAGUGGGCCCGCUCGACAAGGCAGCCCGGCAGAGGAGAGAGGGAGCCUGUGGAAGGCCCACCUCUGCAAGCAAGACCUCUGCUGGGAGGAGGAGGAGGAGGAGGAGGAGGAGGAGGAGGUGAAGGGAGGGGGGGAAGCAAGAGAGAGGAGGGAAAGACUGAGACGAAGUCGACACACUUACCCUUCUGGCGUGGACGCUUGACUCGGCCGAGCGCGCGGCGUGCGCGCGACGAGAACGGCGCGCCGUCUGGCAACUCGCACGCCCCGUCGAGCUCCAGUUCGAACCACACGGCCCUAUCCUGGGAAGCAGCUCCAUCGACGCCGCGGGUUACCCUGCGAUUCCGGCCGAGCGUAAGUCGAUGCAUCCACCGGUGCCUUGUCAAGAUGACGCGGACUGCAGACUGGCCAGGGCGCACGUCGGCAUCCACUCUCCACCCUCUCGAGCCUGGGCGCAGGGAGCGGGUGGGGGGGGGCGCGCGAAGCGGAGACCGCCAGCCUCCGCUGCGGGACGGCUGCUGCAGAUCCACGCACGAGAGCUACGCCGCGAAAGGGAUCGCCUCCCUCCCGAGCGUCGGAGCACAAAGAGAGGCGCGAGUCGUCGGCCGAGCUGGGUCUUCGACUCAUACAGGACCCAGGCCUGUACGGACGCAACUGGCACGCAGACGCGUUCAAAGUACACACUGUCGUGUCGCCCCUCGCGUCCUCCCUCUCCC